AUGUCCUUUGAUGCUGACAAUAAUCAGUGGAAUUCAAGGAAGGACAAUCCCGACCUCAAUCUGUUCAUUAAUGAAGAGUUCGAAUCGUCCUUAAAUCAAGCGCUAGACUCAAUUGUCAAUGAGAACCCUUUCUUUGACCAAGAAACUAUAAAUAGAUCGAAUGACAAAGUUGGAAAUGAGUCCAUUAGCUUACAUGAUAUUGAGCAGGCAGACCAAAAUAAACCGUCCUUUGAGAGCGAUAUUGAUGGUUCGGCGCCGUUGAUAAGAGACGACAAAUUGCCAAAGAAACAAAGCUGGGGGCUGAGCAAUUUUUUUUCAAGAAGAAAUAGCAUAUGUUUACCACUACAUGAAAAUGAUUCAAGUGUUGUUAAGACCGAAAGAUCUAUUGCAGUGGGAACACCCCAUCUUCAAUACUGCUUCAAUGGAAUCUCCAAUGCCAAGUACAAUGCAUUUACCUUUUUCCCAGUCAUCCUAUACGAGCAAUUCAAAUUUUUUUUCAAUUUAUACUUUACUUUAGUGGCUCUCUCUCAAGCGAUACCGCAACUUCGCAUUGGAUAUCUUUCUUCGUAUGUCGUCCCACUUUUGUUUGUACUCAUAGUGACCAUGUCAAAAGAGGCGAUGGAUGAUAUUCAACGCCGAAGAAGGGAUAGAGAACAGAACAAUGAACCAUAUGAGGUUCUGUCCAGCCCAUCACCAGUUUUGUCCAAAAACUUAAAAUGUGGUCACUUGGUUCGAUUGCAUAAGGGAAUGAGAGUGCCCGCAGAUAUGGUUCUUGUCCAGUCAAGCGAAUCCACCGGAGAGUCAUUUAUCAAGACAGAUCAGCUGGAUGGUGAGACUGAUUGGAAGCUUCGGAUUGUUUCUCCAGUUACACAAUCGUUACCAAUGACUGAACUUCAAAAUGUCGCCAUCACUGCAAGCGCACCCUCAAAAUCAAUUCACUCCUUUCUUGGAAGAUUGACCUACAAUGGGCAAUCAUAUGGUCUUACGAUAGACAACACAAUGUGGUGUAAUACUGUAUUAGCUUCUGGUUCAGCAAUUGGUUGUAUAAUUUACACAGGUAAAGAUACUCGACAAUCGAUGAACACAACUCAGCCCAAACUGAAAACGGGCUUGUUAGAACUGGAAAUCAAUAGUUUGUCCAAGAUCUUAUGUGUUUGUGUGUUUGCAUUAUCUGUCAUCUUAGUGCUAUUCCAAGGAAUAGCUGAUGAUUGGUACGUCGAUAUCAUGCGGUUUCUCAUUCUAUUCUCCACUAUUAUCCCAGUGUCUCUGAGAGUUAACCUUGAUCUUGGAAAGUCAGUCCAUGCUCAUCAAAUAGAAACUGAUAGCUCAAUACCUGAAACCGUUGUUAGAACUAGUACAAUACCGGAAGACCUGGGAAGAAUUGAAUACCUAUUAAGUGACAAAACUGGAACUCUUACUCAAAAUGAUAUGGAAAUGAAAAAACUACACCUAGGAACAGUCUCUUAUGCUGGUGAUACCAUGGAUAUUAUUUCUGAUCAUGUUAAAGGUCUUAAUAACGCUAAAACAUCGAGGAAAGAUCUUGGUAUGAGAAUAAGAGAUUUGGUUACAACUCUUGCUAUCUGCCACAAUGUCACCCCCACGAUAGAAGAUGGUGUUCUUAGUUACCAAGCGGCAUCCCCUGAUGAAAUUGCUAUUGUAAAGUUCACAGAGAGUGUUGGUUUGAUUUUAAUAAAAAGAGACCGUCACUCAAUCAGUUUGAGGCAUGAAUCAACUGGCGAAACACUAGAUUACGAGAUUCUUCAGAUGUUUCCGUUCAAUUCCGACUCCAAAAGAAUGGGAAUAAUUGUGCGUGACCAGCAACGAGAAGAAAUUUGGUUUAUGCAAAAGGGCGCUGACACUGUUAUGAGAACGAUCGUCCAUCAAAAUGAUUGGCUGGAUGAAGAAACAUCUAAUAUGGCAAGGGAGGGACUGAGAACAUUAGUGAUCGCAAGGAAGAAGCUCACCGAUCAUGGAUACGAAAUAUUCAAGAAGAAGUAUGAGGAAGCCUCGCUCCUGAUGGUUAAUCGGGACCAAAACAUGGCCAAGGUUAUCUCCACUCAUUUAGAAAGUGAUCUGGAAUUACUUGGAUUAACGGGUGUGGAGGACAAGUUGCAACGCGACGUUAAAGCUUCGGUCGAACUGCUUCGGAAUGCUGGAGUUAAGAUUUGGAUGCUGACUGGUGAUAAGGUCGAAACCGCUAAAUGUGUUGCUAUCAGCGCCAGACUAGUUUCCAGAGGCCAGUAUGUUCACACGGUUACCAAAUUGUCCAGAAUGGAUACCGCAUUACAAUCGAUAGAAUAUCUCAAGUCCAAUCAAUCUGUGGCUCUUUUGAUCGAUGGGGAGUCUCUGGGAAUCUUCUUGCAAUACUACCAACAAGAAUUUUUUGACAUAGUGAUUCAUUUGCCUGCUGUUAUUGCAUGCCGAUGCACUCCUCAACAAAAGGCCGAUAUCGCCAUUCUUCUACGGGAUAGAACGCAUAAAAGAGUUUGCUGUAUUGGUGAUGGUGGUAAUGAUGUUAGCAUGAUUCAAUGUGCUGACGUUGGAGUCGGAAUUGUUGGCAAAGAAGGUAAACAAGCUUCUUUGGCUGCAGAUUUUUCCAUCACUCAAUUCUGCCAUUUGACGAAGUUGCUACUUUGGCAUGGUCGAAAUUCUUAUAAGACAAGUGCAAAGCUCGCCCAAUUCGUCAUUCAUAGAGGUUUGAUUAUCUCAGUGUGUCAAGCUGUUUAUUCCAUUUGCUCUUCCUUUGAACCCUUGGCUUUAUAUCAAGGUUGGCUAAUGGUAGGAUAUGCCACCGUUUACACUAUGGCUCCGGUAUUUUCACUCGUCCUUGAUAGGGAUGUUGAUGAGGCUUUGGCGAACUUGUACCCUGAACUUUACAAAGAGCUCACAGAAGCAAAAUCGCUAUCCUAUAGAACAUUUUUUAUAUGGACUUUAGUCUCACUGUACCAGGGUUGUGCCAUUCAAUUUCUUUCCCAAUUUUUCUGUGGAUUGGGUACAGAUGAUUUUACGACUUUGGUUACCCUCAGUUUUACAUCCUUGGUUAUCAACGAACUUGUCAUGGUUGCAAUUGCCAUCAACACAUGGAACAAAGUCAUGUUCAUUACCUUGUUGGUUACAUUUGCCAUUUACAUAUUAUCUGUUCCAUUUCUGGGAGAGUACUUCAACCUAGAUUAUACUACUUCAGGAAAGUUUUUCUAUCAAACCUUAAUUAUUUUGGUCAUUUCUUUGAUGCCAAUAUGGUCAGUUAAAGUAAUAAACCGAAAAUUGAGACCCCCCAAUUAUGCUAAGGUCCAACUGUCAUAG